AUGGCUUUCGUUAGUCGGUUCCCCCUACUCGACAACGCCUCGGCUCACGCUCUAUCGCUACCAACGUCCUCCCUUUCGGCGCCUUCGCUUCCCUUGCUACCCAUUCCCCCGUUCCGCCCGUCGCCUCGCGCUCAAGUCUUUCACACCUGGUUACGUCCCGGCCUUCAGCUCAGCGCGGUAUCCCGUCGUGCGUUUGCUCCGUUGCAUGCUUUUUUCGUCAAUCCCCCCGUCGUCGUCGGCCCCGCUCACUUCCCUCGCCGAGUCGCUGUCCAUGGCGGCGGCGGUGACGCUCUGCGACCAGCUGGCGGAGAUGGUGCCCGCCGCGCAAACCACGUGCGUCACGGACUCGUUAAUCCAUCCAUUCCCGUCGCCAUCGCUCUCUCCCCUUUCUUCCCGUCGCCCUCGCUCUCUCCCCUCUACUCCCGUCACCCUCGCUCUCUGCCCUCCCUUCCCGUCGCCCUCGCUCUCUCCCUCCCCUUCCCGUCGCCCUCGCUCUCUCCCCUCCAUUCCCGUCGCCAUCGCUCUCUCCCCUCCCUUCCCGUUGCCCUCGCUCUCUCCCCUCCACUCCCGUCGUCGCCCUCGCUCUCUGCCCUCCAUUCCGUCGCCCUCGCUCUCUCCCUCCCCGUCCCGUCGCCAUCGCUCUCUCCCCUCCCUUCCCGUCGCCCUCGCUCUCUCCCCUCCAUUCCCGUCGCCAUCGCUCUCUCCCCUCCCUUCCCGUCGCCCUCGCUCUCUCCCCUCCAUUUCCGUCGCCCUCGCUCUCUCCGUUCCCUUCCCGUCGCCAUCGCUCUCUCCCCUCCUUUCCCGUCGCCCUCGAUGCAGUCGUCGUGCUCUUCGCGCCCUUCCUCCCUGCCCUCCCAUCACCCUACCUCUUUCCGCGAUUUUUCCUUCACUUAUAUCUCUCCUCAUGCCCUCGUUUCCGUCGCCUAUUCUCGUUCUUCUCUGGUCACCUAG